AUGGGAUGGUUUAGGGCUGGGUCUAGUGUGGCAAAGCUUGCCAUCAAAAGAAGUCUCUGUCAAAGGGGAUUUGUGACGCGAGUCCGUCCCACUGUUCCCAUUCAAAACCGAUACUUCCAUACUACUGUUGUGAAGUCAAAGGCGCAGGCUGCACCUGUUCCUCGAGCUGUUCCGUUGUCUAAGUUAACUGAUAGCUUCUUGGAUGGGACGAGUAGUGUUUACCUUGAGGAGCUUCAGCGGGCUUGGGAGCAAGACCCUAAUAGUGUUGAUGAGUCAUGGGAUAACUUCUUCAGGAACUUUGUUGGCCAAGCUGCCACUUCGCCAGGGAUUUCUGGUCAAACCAUUCAGGAAAGCAUGCGGCUAUUGUUGCUUGUGAGAGCUUACCAGGUUUACGGUCACAUGAAAGCCAAGUUGGAUCCACUGGGUUUGGAACAGAGAGAAAUUCCAGAUGAUCUGGAUCCGGCUCUCUAUGGAUUCUCUGAAGCUGAUCUUGAUCGUGAGUUCUUUAUUGGCGUCUGGAGGAUGCAUGGAUUUUUGUCAGAGAAUCGUCCUGUGCAAACAUUGAGAGCGAUAUUGACACGGCUGGAGCAGGCUUACUGUGGUAAUGUUGGUUAUGAAUAUAUGCACAUUGCUGAUCGUGAGAAAUGCAAUUGGUUAAGGGACAAGAUUGAGACACCCACACCCAUGGAAUACAGUCGUGAGCGGCGCGAGGUUAUCCUUGAUCGCCUAAUGUGGAGUUCUCUAUUUGAAAAUUUCCUGGCAACUAAGUGGACUACUGCCAAGAGGUUUGGGCUAGAAGGUGCUGAAACUUUGAUUCCUGGAAUGAAGGAAAUGUUUGAUAGGGCUGCAGAUCUUGGGGUUGAGAGCAUAGUGAUAGGAAUGUCACACAGAGGUAGACUUAAUGUGUUGGGAAAUGUUGUUCGGAAGCCUUUGAGGCAAAUAUUUAGUGAGUUCAGUGGUGGUACCAAACCUUCAGAAGGAGUUGGCCUCUACACUGGAACUGGUGAUGUGAAGUACCACUUGGGAACUUCUUAUGAUCGUCCAACUAGGGGUGGAAAGAGAAUCCAUCUGUCCCUUGUGGCAAAUCCCAGUCACUUGGAAGCCGUGGAUCCUGUUGUGGUUGGGAAAACUAGAGCAAAACAGUAUUAUUCUAAUGAUACAGAUAGGACUAGAAACAUGGGUAUCUUGAUCCAUGGUGAUGGUAGCUUUGCAGGCCAAGGAGUUGUUUAUGAAACCUUACAUCUGAGUGCCCUUCCUAAUUACACUACUGGUGGAACUAUACACAUCGUGGUGAACAAUCAGGUUGCAUUCACUACUGAUCCCGAGUCUGGGAGAUCAUCUCAAUAUUGUACUGAUGUUGCUAAAGCCUUAAAUGCACCAAUUUUCCAUGUCAAUGGUGAUGAUGUUGAGGCAGUGGUCCAUGUCUGUGAACUUGCAGCAGAGUGGAGGCAAACGUUUCACUCGGAUGUUGUCGUUGAUAUUGUGUGUUAUAGGCGAUUUGGUCACAAUGAAAUUGACGAGCCAUCUUUUACCCAGCCCAAAAUGUACAAGGUUAUCCGGAGUCAUCCUUCGGCUUUGGAAAUUUACCAAAAGAAACUUGUCGAGUCCAGUCAAGUGUCUAAGGAAGACAUUGAUCGGAUAAACAGCAAAGUCCUUUCAAUUCUGAAUGAAGAAUUUUUAGCCAGUAAAGAGUAUGUCCCCCAAAGAAGGGAUUGGCUUUCAGCCUUUUGGCAUGGAUUCAAGUCUCCUGAACAGCUUUCACGUAUUCGAAACACUGGAGUCAAGCCAGAGAUAUUGAAGACUGUUGGCCAAAAGAUCACAACCCUUCCAGCAAAUUUCAAGCCUCAUAGAGCUGUGAAGAGGAUUUUCGAUGAUCGAGCCAAGAUGAUUGAAACUGGAGAGGGCAUUGACUGGGCAGUAGGGGAGGCACUUGCUUUUGCCACUCUAAUUGUUGAAGGAAAUCAUGUCAGACUCAGUGGUCAGGAUGUCGAGAGAGGAACAUUUAGUCAUCGCCAUUCUGUACUUCAUGAUCAAGAAACUGGGGAGAAGUAUUGUCCUCUGGAUCAUAUUAUCAAUGAUCAAAAUGAGGAAAUGUUCACUGUCAGUAAUAGCUCCCUUUCUGAAUUUGGUGUGCUGGGAUUUGAGCUGGGUUACUCGAUGGAAAAUCCAAAUUCUCUGGUCCUGUGGGAAGCCCAGUUUGGUGACUUUUCCAACGGAGCUCAAGUCAUCUUUGAUCAAUUCUUAAGUAGUGGAGAAGCCAAAUGGCUACGUCAGACAGGUUUAGUUGUGCUUCUGCCUCAUGGUUACGAUGGACAGGGCCCUGAACAUUCCAGUGCUCGUUUGGAACGUUUCCUUCAGAUGAGUGACGACCACCCUUAUAUUAUUCCAGAGAUGGACUCAACACUCAGAAAACAAAUUCAGGAAUGCAAUUGGCAGGUCGUAAAUGUUACUACACCCGCAAAUUACUUCCAUGUCCUCCGUCGUCAAAUACACAGGGAAUUUCGUAAACCUCUUAUUGUGAUGUCCCCCAAGAAUUUACUUCGGCACAAGGACUGUAAGUCGAAUCUUUCUGAAUUUGACGAUGUCCAGGGGCAUCCUGGUUUCGACAAACAAGGUACCAGGUUCAAGCGCCUCAUAAAGGAUCAGAAUCUCCAUUCAGAUGUUGAAGAGGGCAUCAAGCGUUUGGUUCUUUGCUCCGGAAAGGUUUAUUAUGAACUUGACGAAGAGAGGACAAAGGUGGAAAGAAAGGAUGUUGCCAUAUGCAGGGUUGAACAACUGUCUCCAUUCCCAUACGACCUCAUUCAGCGUGAGCUGAAGCGGUAUCCUAAUGCUGAGGUUGUUUGGUGCCAGGAAGAGCCAAUGAACAUGGGUGCAUACAAUUAUGUUUCACUUCGCCUUGCUACUGCAAUGAAAGCAUUGGGAAGAGGCGACAUGAAUGACAUUAAAAGGAUGAUUAAGACGGAUAACCUCAUUUGUAAUGAACACAAUGGAAAUAAAAUUACAAUUUUCCGCAGGGCAAAACCGUAUUUGGCAGUGAUAUUCCUGCAGUUUGGAUAUGCAGGUUCUGGUAUUAUUGCCAAAGCUGCUCUAAACAAAGGAAUGAGUCAUUUUGGUUUCUCCAUCUACAGAAAUCUCUUUGCUGCUAUUGUUUUUGCUCCUUUUGCAGCUGUUUUAGAGAGGAAAGUGAGGCCAAGGAUGACUUUUCCAAUUCUUUUCAAGAUACUGAUGCUUGCUUUGUUAGAACCUGUAAUCGAUCAGAACUUGUACUACGCUGCAAUGAAGUACACUACAGCUACAUUUGCGGUUGCCAUGACCAAUAUGCUUCCAGCCUUGACUUUUUUGAUGGCUUGGAUGUUAAGACUUGAGCAGGUUAACAUCAGAAACAUUCAUAGUCUCGCGAAGAUUGCUGGAACGAUAGUCACUGUUGGGGGUGCCAUGAUUUUGACCAUGGUGGCAGGACCAGCAAUUAGAUUGCCCUGGACUAAAGCUGAUCAGAGUACUAAUGUUGCUCAUUCAACAACUGCCCAGGAUCCAAUCAAAGGAGCUAUCAUGAUCACAGUUGGUUGCGUCUGCUGGGCUAGUUUUUACAACCUUCAGGCCAUCACAUUAAAGUCAUACCCUGCUUGUCUCUCGCUCACAAGUAUGAUCUGCUCAGCUGGAGCGCUUCUGAACACCAUACUAACCUUGGUAGUGGAAAGGGGAAAUCCUAGGCUGUGGUCGUUACACUUCGAUAUUAUCCUCUUGUCCUACUUUUACAGCGGAAUGAUAACUUCAGGAGUUGGUUAUUAUGUAUCAGGAAAGAUAAUGAGGGCAAAAGGACCUGUGUUUGUCACUUCCUUUAACCCUCUAGCCAUGGUCAUUGUUGCUAUUUUGAGUAGUUUCAUCUUAAAGGAGCAAUUGAAUUUUGGAAGGGUAUUUGGAGCAAUCACCAUCGUAAUUGGCCUUUAUUUAGUGGUUUGGGGAAAGUGCAAGGACCCAAGUUUAUCAUCAAAAUCAGACAAUGUUGACCAGAUUGCAACCAUUGAUGUACAAUUACAAGACAAAAAUCUAAGGACAGAUUGUGUAAAAGAAGGGAAAGCUGAUGUAGCAAAGGCAAAUAAUGUUGGAGACAAUGCUGUCUAA